CUCUCUAAGCCACAACGCGUCAUAGCGUUGCUCCCUUGGUUUAUCCAGCAGAGAAAUCAAUUGUGCUACAGUUUAUUCAGAGAGGGCUUUCUUAUACUCAUUACAUAUUUCUCUUUUGUCUUGUAAAUUAGAUUAUGCAUGAUGAUCUGCUGAGAUAUUUACAUAUUAUGCUAUACUGGUAGAAUAUCUGUAUUUUGUUUUCCUAAACGAUGUUGUAUUGAGGGGGAUAAAAUAGUAUGUUGUCCACAUACAGAUGCGACCGAACCAUAUUCUUUCUAAGUCAAAUAAAAACAAAUCGAGGGGUAUGGAUAAUGCGAUCCCAGGUUGUGAUGUAGAGGGUUCAAGCAGGCGGGCCAAUCAAAUAAGGAGCCGCACUGCUAAUUGGACUGAUCACGUUGAUAGCAUUUUGUUGAGUAUUUUGAUGGAGGAGCACGCACUCGGAAACUACGUUGGGGGUAGUUUUACUCGUGUUGCGUGGGUUAGAAUCGUACAGGGUUUCAACUCACAAACUGGUCAAAACUUGACAAAACAACAUAUCAGUAACCGCCUCAAGGUGUUGAAGAGGCUCUACAUGUUAUACGACAAACUGACUAACCUUAGCGGUUUGGGUUGGGACACUGUGAACAAUAUACCCACAGCUGGUGACGCUACUGAGUGGGAUGCAGUAAUUGCGGCGAAUCCCGCAUACGCGAAGUGCAGGGAUAAACCAUUUCCUGCUUAUAACAGCAUUGCCUUCUUGUGUGGAUCAACUGUGGCGACCGGCCACUACGGGAUGUCGUCAGAAACAAUGCAACCACCUACUGUUGUUAGUUCAUCGUCGUCUUCACCUGGUGAGGCAAGCACCGGCGGUAAUGAAACCGGCGGAUAGUGCAGAUCUUCGCGUUCGCCUACCCCACCUCUCGGCCAGCC